AUGCGGUUGACAAAAAUUCCUCUAUGUCGAUGUAACCUGGUCAAAUCGUUCAAGCUCUGCAAGGUGACAUCUAGAGAUAGCGCUUGCUUGACCUACGAUGUGAUCGCUUCGCACUCCAGGGUCCCCAUCUUUCGUGCAUUUGACUGGUCUCCAGUUGACGAGACCCUGGUAGCUGUUGGUCUGGCGUCGGGGGAGGCAGCUAUUCUUCGUAUGGACGAUAACUACCAAGCUCCGAUUGUUUUCCCCAUCCGGAAUCAGAGAUAUUGCAAUGCCGUUGCGUUUAGUACUCAGGGGCUCUUAGCGGCUGGGCUGGAUAAACGCCUCUCCGUAAGCGGUUCUCGAGGUUACGGAUCCGAUAGACACGCGUUAGAGCCACUCUGGAAGCUUGCGAGUUCGGAGCCCAUUAGCAGUAUCAAGUUCUUCAAAGACCAACCAGAUACCAUAGUUGCAGGAGUCAAAGGCCAGUUCGUCAGAAUUUACGAUUUACGAGCCGUUGAUUGGUUGGAUGAAAAUUACAUUGCGUCGUGCAAUCCAACGGGAGAUAUUUCCAUCUGUAUUUGGGAUCGCCGUUGGGGACCUCGAUUUUCAUCCGGGACACUCCCAACUACGGACUCCACUCAGACUGCGGCAGCUCUUGAGUUUAAAAAUGUUAUUGACCCAAAAUCCUCGAUAUGGAGUCUACGGUUCUCCAGAACCAAACAAGGGUGCCUAGGGAUGCUGUCUAGUGAUGGGGACUUCAAGGCGUAUGAUGUUGUCAAAGAAUAUGUUUCAGACGAAAUCCGAACGUCAUUAGAAGAUCAAACCCUGGGACGAUAUUCCGCCAAAUCGUACCACGAACAUAUUUACACGAAGACAGUCCGUGAUUUUCGGAACCCUCACCUUCCUCGUGAUGGGAAAGUAGCAUCUUUUGACUUUUUGAACUUCAGCACGUCGAGUGAACCGACCACCGUUACACUUUUGGCCAAUCGUUCAGUCGCCAAAACAGAUAAUAAAAAUGGCCAGGACCAAAAGUCAGCGGAUUAUCGCACUAAACCAGAUGUCACUCAGUAUAUCUCUGGCCGAGAGAGUUUUGAAAGAUCUUUAUCCGCGGGAAUAUUUGACACUCCAUUAACAAUCCAUGACGCUUUAGCCUGGAUGUCCAUUCCUCGAUUACGAUGUCAAGAGGGCUACCUCCUCGACGGCGAGACGAACAAAGAGUUCUUCCCUGACGACCCUGGACUGCGGGAGUUUUGGGAUUGGGUAGGGCGUCAGAGCCUUGAGAAUCGCGUAUCCCGAUCUAAUUUGAACCAAAAUAUCGAUAUAGAUCAGCUCAUCAUAGGCCUCACAGAGGAACUUCGCAUUCCAGAAGGAAAAGGAUGCGCAACUCGAUUCCCGGCUCACCGCCGUCUAUGCCUUCGCAUCGCUGGAGCUGCGGAAUCUAUUGCUGAUUUGGAAGCAGCGGUGAACAAUCUUGUAGAAGCUCGUCAACAUACUAAGGCUGCUGCACUGGCACUCUUCCAGGACGAACCGAAAUUAGCUUUCUUGGCUCUUAGGAAAAAUCAUCCUACUCAGGCACAUAAACUUCUCGCCAUGGCUAUUACCGGCGCGACGAAAGGGGAAAACGACCCCGACUGGGAGGAGACAUGCAGGGAAAUCGCCCAGGAGCUCACAGACCCCUACGCUCGGGCUAUUUUAGCUUUGAUGAGCAAAGGUGACUGGAAUUCUGUGAUUAAGGAGGUCACCCUUCCUUUAAGAUAUAGAGUGGAGGUUGCUCUCCGCUGGCUUCCCGACAACGAGUUAAGUUCUUACCUGCGGGAUGCGACUAUGGAUGCAAUACGCCAAGGGGAUGUUGAAGGAGUCAUCCUUACUGGCCUUGACCAUGGAGCAAUGGGUCUAUUCCAAUCUUACAUAGACAAGUUUGGCGACAUUCAAACACCUGUUCUUGCUAUGAGCCAUACUGUCCCGCGAUUCAUUACCGAUCCACCAAACAGUAUCCGAUUUGAAGCCUGGAGAGAGACGUAUCGACGGCAAGUGAAUGCCUGGAAACUCCAGCUAGAUAGGGCUAGGUUUGACGUUGAAUCACGGAAGUUGGCAGUCACUUGGGAUGGCCACAGACUCAUAAAACCACCACCGCAACAAAUCAGUUUGACAUGCAACUACUGUACUCGUCCUCUCUCCCAGCAGGAUGAACCUGACUACCCGGUUUUCCCCUCGACCGGCGUGGAAAUCGUUCAUUCAAUGACGGCAAGCCCCCUCGGCACCGCAUCCCAGUCAGAUCCGAUGUCCAGAGCUGGUAUUGCUAGCGGAAGUACGAGCAAGCAAGCAAGUGAGACACCUCCAGAAGAUGUGAUGAAAAGGCUUUGGUAUAGCGAUGUCGUUUGUGUUGGUGGUUCUCCGUUGUUACGAAUGAAGUAUUCCGAGAUAACCCCUGGAAAUACAAAGCGCUUUUAUCUAAAGCCGUCGUGCAACGCAAAUCGGCUGGUUCGAUUCGGUGUUCUCAAACAGCUAUCGAUUACUGGGUUGAAUAGCGCUGCUCGCAUGUCCCAUUCUGGCCGGGGACGGGGUCGUGGGCGCGGAGAGGGGCGUUCCGAGCUCAGUCGCGAGGUAGUCGUUUCGAAGGCAUUAAGCUACAUCUUACGGCACGCGGCGGAAAGAGAAGGGUUGAAAAUUGACAGGCAUGGUUAUGCCAACGUCGCUGAUCUGCUAGCAUGGCGGAAACUGAAAUCCUUAAAAGUCACCUUCCCAGAAAUUCUAAACGCGGUCUCCACCUCCGAUAAACAGCGGUUUGGUCUCCUGUAUAAACCCUCACACUCGCAUGAUGAUGACUCGGAGACUACAACCACACCACCCACAGACCCUUGCAAGCAAGAUGAGCACGACUCUUCCACUGCAACUGCAACUGCAACCGCAACCGCAACCGCAACCGCAACCGCAACCGCAACCGCAACCGCAACCGCAACCGCAACCGCAACCGCCCUAGCCGUAGCCGCCAACGACCCAGAACCCACCCACUACCUCAUCCGCGCCACACAAGGUCACAGUAUAAAAACCGUCGAAGCCGCCUCCCUCCUCGAAAAGCUUUCCCUUCCCUCCGCCAACUCCUCCGCUCCCGCGCUCCCGGACACCGUCGUGCACGGCACCUACCAUGCCGCCUGGCCGUUGAUACUCGCCUCUGGCGGCCUACGAUGCAUGAGCAGGAACCACAUACAUUUCGCCACGGGGCCGGCGCUAUCCAGUGUAUUACCCGAAGGGCGCGGGGGAUCUAUUGUUGUGCGUGAUAGGAGUGCUGGUGCUGGUGCUGGUGCUGGCGGGGUGAUAUCCGGGAUGCGAGCUGAUGCGCAGAUACUGAUAUAUAUUGAUUUGAAGAAGGCGUUGGAGGCCGGCGUGCCGUUUUGGAGAAGCGAGAAUGGAGUUAUUUUGAGUGAGGGGGUGGAUUUGGGGAUUGGGGGGGAGGGGGCCGAGCCUGGGGUUGCUGGGCGGAAGGGAGUUGGGUUGGAGUUUUUUGAUGUUGUUGUGGAGAGGAAGAAUGGGCUAGGAGUCUUAUGGGAUAGGGAGCAGGGGGGCCUAGUGCUGGAGACGCCAGAGUGGAUGUUGAAGGCGAGGAAUCCGAAGGGCGGGGCGGGAAGGGGUAGUGGGGGAAAGGGGAGGGGGAGCUAG